AUGGCGACCUCGCCCACCGCCACCUCACCCUCUCCUCCCCCUCCGGGUGCAGACAUCUCAACAUCUUCACAGAUUAAUCCUCACGAAGAAGGAAGCCCUGGUGUAAAGGGGAAGGGGAAGGACACCGACCCUGAGCCCCAGGCCGAGGAGGGCUCUGCUUCUCCAUCCGCCUCUGCUGUUACUCCCAGUCCUGCUGCCUCCACGUCGACGUCGCCCGCACCCGCAGUGACCGCCAGCGCGGGCGACUGGCAGGCGAUCUGGUCGCCCGCCCACAACGCGUACUACUUCUACAACGCGCAGACGCAAGAGACGACAUGGACGAACCCGCUCCAGCCCGCGCCCCCAGCCGGCUCCUCCGUGUCGCCGGGCCCGGCGUCGUCGCCAGCGGUCGCCGCGAUGUACGACCUCCAGGCCGCCGCCGCUGCCCAGGGCAUCGACCCUGCGCUCGCCCACCUCGACCCGUCGCUCGUCGCCGGCCCGUCCAACCCCGCUGCGUUCACGUACACGGCCAAAUUCAACUCACGCACGGGAGCAUUCGCUCGCCCGGACGGACGUGACCCAUCGCACCUGUCCGAGUAUGAGCGGGCCAAGCGCAUGAGCGAGUUCUACUUUGAUGUCAACGCCUGGGAGAACGAGGUCGAGGCGCGCAAGCUCGAGGAGGCGCAGGAAGAGGAGAGCAAGAAACGGAAGCGGCCAACGAAGAAAGACUUGGAUCGGUUCAGAGAGCAGAAAAGACUGAAAAAAAUCGCGAAAACCGCGUGGUUGCGUACAUAA